CACCGCGGCCCCGGGCCACCCCAGAGAGGGAAAGACGUGACGAUUCAAGAUGGCGCAGGACUUGGAUGAGCUUUUGGAUGAAGUCGAGAGCAAGUUUUGCAGAUCCGACCCUCGGGGACCGGACAGGGCCGAGCCGGCCAAAGGCUACGGCGGCGUCACCCACUUCAGCGACUCGAGGCCAGACCAGACGAGGAAGACUCUCAGACCAACAGAAAAAGAAGAUCUUGAAAGUCUUAUUAAUGAAAUAUUUGAAGAACCCAACUUGGAUAAAAAAUCCUUUAAAUUACAGUCUAGAUCUUCAGGUAACACAUCUACUAAAGCCUCCAUUCAAGGCCUCAGUAAAAGUUGUGGGCCCGUGUACCUGAGCGGAAGCAGUAUUCCAUGUGGGAUUGGAACACAUACGUCACAGAGAGCAUGUGACCGUCUGCGUUGUAUAGCUUGUGAUUUCUGGGUAGUGAGCUACAGUGACUAUAUGUGGGACACAUCAUGCGAUUACCUGUUUUUCAGGAACAAUGUGCCAGACUUCCACAAAUUAAAAACAAAACUAAUCAUGAAGAAAGGAGCCCGGGCCUAUGCCUGCCAGUGUAGCUGGAGAACUAUUGAAGAACUGACCGACCUACAGACCGAUCAUCAGCUUCGCUGGGUUUGUGGUAAACAUUAGGAACACAGACUUUACAUUGGGACAAGUGCGUCAGUGAGAACAGACUCCAGUUGAUUGCCAUCAUAUUUAGACAAAGGUGUCCACUAAUACCACGCCCCUUGGAGAAAGAUAGUGAAUUUCACUUCACUACACAGGUUUUUGAAAACCAGUGGACUAGAGGAGACAGACAUAUUAUAACACUUAGAAUUACUCGUGUGUGU